ACAAUACUGCUUUUUUGACACAAGGUGGCGAUAAACAUUUUUCGGGACAGUAGUUUCUGCAACAGCAGAGGAAGUGGACCAGCAUCGUAAAUAUGGCCGAUAGUGGAGUGACAGUCUGCCUUACAGAUGGACCUGGCAAGAACGGAGAAAUUGCACGUACAACGAGUGAAAGCAAAGAACUGACCAAAGAGGAGAAGCAACGGCUGAGGAAAGAGAAGAAACAGCAGAAGAAAAACAAAGAGAAAAAGGAUGACAAAACUUCACAGGAAAACCAGAAAGAAAAGAAUCUUUUCAAUUCAGCUGCUCCAACCUCCCAGCCUCCAACACAACCCGUAACACAGAAAGCUCCUUCAGCAGUGCCUGUUCCUGCACCAGUUUCUGUGCCUGCCUCAGAAGCGCUUGCCCCGGCAGACAAGCCUGCUAGGACUAAAGCUGAGUUGAAAGCUGAGAGGAGGGCUCGGCAAGAGGCUGAGAGGGCAUCCAAACAAGGAAAGAAGGGUGAGGCCGGCCCGCCGGCUGCCACGGGGAAACCCCAAGCACUGCCCAGUGAUGCAGCCAGGUACCUUAACAGUAUGGUAAAGAGGCUCCCAGAACACAUUCAAGCAGACAAUCCAGAUGUUUCAAAGAAACUGGCCAAGAAGUUGGAAAGACAACAGAUCCCACUCCGGUCAGACUAUGGCCGCAAAGUCAGCCUGUUUUCUCAUCUCUACCAGUACAGUCGCAAAGCCCCUCUAACACAGCAGCUCAGCAUUCCCUCCACAGUGAUUCAUCCUGCCAUCGUUCGACUGGGUCUCCAGUAUUCACAGGGCAUUGUGGCAGGAUCCAAUGCUCGUGCUGUAGCUCUGCUGCAUGCUUUCAAACAAGUAAUAAGGGACUAUACUACACCUCCAAAUGAGGAACUAUCUAGAGACUUGGUAAACAAGCUGAAACCUUACAUCAGCUUUUUGAAUCAAUGUCGCCCUCUGUCAGCUAGUAUGGGUAACACAAUCAAGUACAUCAAGAAAGAGAUUUCCAACAUUCCUAGUCAUUACAAAGAAGAAGAGGCAAAGAGCAAACUGCUGACCUCUAUCGAUUGUUAUGUUAAUGAGAAGAUCAUUUGUGCUGCUAAAGCUAUUGCUGAGUACUCCAUAGAGAAGAUCAGUAAUGGAGAUGUCAUCCUAGUUUAUGGAUGCUCAUCACUGGUCAACCACAUCCUCUGCGAGGCCUUGGAGAAGAGCAGGACGUUCCGCGUCAUCGUCGUGGACAGCAGACCUCGGCUGGAGGGCAGGGAGGCCCUGAGGCGCCUCGUCCAGAGAGGCAUCAGCUGCACCUAUGUCCUCAUCUCAGCUGUGUCCUACAUCCUUCCAGAAGUGUCAAAAGUGUUUCUUGGUGCUCAUGCGCUGCUGGCCAAUGGUUAUGUCAUGUCUCGUGUGGGGACAUCACAGAUAGCUCUGGUGGCCAGAGCCUUUAACGUGCCUGUGUUGGUGUGCUGUGAGACCUACAAGUUUUGUGAGCGGGUGCAGACAGAUUCCUUUGUGUCAAAUGAACUAGAUGACCCUGACGACCUCAUCGUGACCCGUAAAGGAAAGACCGAGUUGGAGAACUGGCAGCAAGUGCAGUCUCUUGGCCUGCUUAACUUGGUGUAUGAUGUGACACCGCCUGAUUUUGUGGAUCUGGUUAUCACAGAUCUGGGAAUGAUUCCGUGCACCUCGGUCCCCGUGGUACUGCGAGUAAAAAGUCUGGACCAGUGAAUGACCUCCAGUUGACAUCAGUCUGAGCCAAGAGGCUGGUAGUACUCAUACACCACAUGAAACAUUGUGCUUUUAGCAUGCAAUAAAUAUAUAUAUCUGAAAUGUCA